AUGGCUACCGUCAACAUUCGUCGGGAUGUCACCGAUCCCUUCUACCGUUACAAGAUGGAGAAGCUCCAGUCCAAGAUUGAGGGCAAGGGCAACGGUAUCAAGACCGUCAUUGUCAACCUCAACUCCGUCGCCCAGUCCCUGAGCCGUCCUCCCGCCUAUGUCAUCAAGUACUUUGGCUUUGAACUUGGCGCCCAAGCCAACGCCAAGCCCACUGAUGACCGCUGGAUCAUCAACGGUGCCCAUGAUGCCCCCAAGCUCCAGGACUACCUCGAUGGUUUCAUCUCCAAGUUUGUUCUCUGCAAGAAGUGCAAGAACCCCGAGACCGACGUCAUCAUCAAGGACGACAAGAUCAUCCUGGACUGCAAGGCCUGCGGUCAGCGUACCGACGUUGACCCCCGUCUGAAGCUGAGCACCUUCAUCCUCCGCAACCAAACCACCAAGGGUGGCAAGAAGGACAAGGGCGACAAGCGGGCCCGUCGGGAGCGGAAGAAGGAGAAAAAUGGCGACGCUUCCGCGAACGGUGACAAGGACGGCAGCCCCGGCGACAGCAACUCUGACAACGGGGACGGUGAAAACGGCGAUCUCGCCCUGGAUGCUGGCAGCGAUGACGAGCUGACCCGUCGUAUCAAGGCCGAAGCCCAAAGAAUCGCGGCCGAUACCGACGUCGAUGACGGCGACUGGGCUGUGGAUGUGUCUGAGGAGGCCGUCAAGGCUCGGGCCAAGGAACUGCCCUCCGACCUCAAGCGCUCCCUGGUCCUCGAGGAUGAAGACGAGGGUGCGGAUGGCCCUUCCGCUUAUGAUGAGCUGGGCAGCUGGAUCCAGAAGACUGCGUCUGAGGAGGGUGGUGUCACCGCGGUCAGCGAUAUCGACAUCUACAAGAAGGCCAAGGAGUACGGUAUCGAGACCAAGCACAAGACCCUCGCUGUCCUGGCUCAGACCAUCUUCGAUGAGAAGAUCACCAAGCAGAUCGGCGGCCGCGCUGCUCUGCUGAAGAAAAUGGUCACCUCUGAGCGCCAUGAGAAGGCUCUGCUGGGCGGUACGGAGCGGUUCGUCGGCAAUGACCACCCCGAGCUGAUCUCCCAGAUCCCCGCCAUCCUUCUCGGCUACUACCAGAACGACAUCGUCUCUGAGGAGACCCUUAAGGCUUGGGGUAGCAAGGCGAGCAAAAAGUACGUCGACAUCUCCACCAGCCGCAAGGUCCGCAAGGCCGCCGAGCCUUUUCUCGAGUGGCUGGAAAACGCCGAGAGUGAGGAGGAGAGCGAGGAAGAGAGCGACGAGGAGUAA